AUGUCGACUACCGUCCAUGUCAAGAACAUCUCUCCGGAGACCAGCGAGAAGGAGGUCAAGGACUUCUUCAGCUUCUGCGGCAAAAUCACCUCGAUCUCUGUGACUCCCGAAUCCUCCGCCCCAGACGCUCCCAAAUCGGCCACAGUAACCUUUGAGAAGGAAACUGCCGCUAAGACUGCCCUCCUACUCGACAACACUCAGCUCGGAAAGUCACAAGUCCACGUUUCCACCGCGAGCACAAUCGAUGACGUCGCCUCCAAGGCCGGUGCCACCGUGUCCUCUGCGGUUGGCGGAGAUGACAACAUUGCUCAGGAGGACAAGCCUCGGUCUCGAAUUGUCGCCGAAUACCUUGCCCACGGCUACACUCUGUCCGACAACGUCAUCAAGAAGGCCAUCGAGCUGGACAACAAGCAUGGCUUCAGCAACCGGUUCACCGAAGCCCUGCACAAGUUCGACAGCAAGUACAAGGCAACCGACACCGCCAAGUCCGUGGACAGCAAGUAUGGUGUCACUGAUAAGGCUUUGAGCGCAUGGGGUGGCCUAAACUCAUACUUCGAGAGAGCCUUGGGCACUCCCACUGGCCAAAAGGUCAGAGAGUUCUACAAGCAGACCGACAAGCAAGUCCGAGAUGUGCACAGUGAGGCACGCCGACUUGCAGACCUCAAGAGCGGCAAGACGAAUGAGCCAGAGCAAGUCCCAGGAACCGACAAGACCGUCUGCAAUUGUGGCGGCUCUGAGGGCGUUUGUGGAUGUGCUCCCGGCCACUGCAACUGUGCCAACUGCGGCAAGAGUGACAACACCACCUCCAACCAACCGGAGCCAGUUAAGGGCACCGACAAGACCGUGUGUAAAUGUGGUGGCUCUGAGGGCGCCUGUGCCUGCCCACCCGGUCAUUGCGCAUGUGCAAACUGUGCAAAGAGCAGUGAUUCGGCCACGAGUGAGGCCAAAGAGGCGGCUCAGGCCAGCGGGCAACAGUUGCCUGCAGGAAGUGUUUAAAGCAAGACAUAAGGAAUGCUCAGGAACUGCCCGACCAGCUGCUGAGCUCAAAUAAUCCCUAGUAGUAUUGCAUUAGCUAGGUAUCAUCGAAUGAAUUGAAUAAUGGUUACGCUGCGA